GUAUGAUUAUGUAUCCAAUUUAACUACAUCCUAUCGGCUUUGUCAAAGUAUAUGUAAUCAAAUAUAUUUGAGAAUAGAUAUUUCAUAUUAUAAGAAUGAUUGGUUUUGUAGUGGAUUUGGUUUUAAUAGCAGUUGCUCAUUCUUUAAAUGUGAGCAUUAAGAAGAGUCUAGCAAUAAAAUCAACAAUGUUAAGCCAUUUCGUCAAUUUUGAAGAAAAUAGCAGAAAAAUAAAUCGAUAAAGAAUAAACUUUUGGUAUGAUCAUGUGUUAUAAGGGUCCUUGUUUGUGUGACAUUUUUGGGUUAAUUGUUAUACUUCAUAGAGGAUAUCUAUUUUUUAGCCCAAGGGCCUACUGAGACAUGUUCCAUUUAUUUAGAUGUAUAAAUUGCAUUCUACUUAGAUUAUUCUUAGCGAAGCAUAAAUAUUUUAAUACUUUUUGCUAUUAUUAGUUGUAGUAGUUUAAGUUCAACUCCCCUUUUCUAUUACAAUUUAUAUAUUCUGGUUCCAAGAACCAUCAACUAAGCAAGAAUCAAAAGUAUUCUAUAAAAUAUUUUAGUCAAUUGAAUUUGAAGAAGACUACUUUAAAACAAUCAAAUUAUAGGCAAAAACAGAUUCAAAUUCCUCAGAAUAGAUAACAACAUUAAAAGAAUGAAAAUGAAG